AUGUCUAAAGAUAAAAAACUUAAAACAGGUGGUAAACUUAUUCAUCCAAGCAGUCGAAAAGCCAAGCAGAUCUCAAGAUUAGAAUGUCACGCAGGUCGUGUUGUCAAAAAACGUCAAAAUACAAAAGCUAAAAAUAAUAAUUUACGUGAUAGAGUUCAAUGGUUCAAAGAUCAAUUAAAUGAAACUCAACUUCAUUUAUCAAAACAACAAGUGCAUGAACUUGUUCAAAGAUAUCUUCAACGAUUUCAAGAUGAACUCGAGCAAAUCGAAUUGAAAAAUCAAAUAGGACAACGACAAAAGACCCCGCAAUAUGCAUCACGUAAAGCUUUAAUUGAAUCAACAAUCAAUGCUGAAAAACAUGAAUACGAAACCCAUGGCUUUGAAGUACCAGAACUCACUCGACCUGAUGCUGUAAAAGUACUUCGAACUUGGGAUGGUAGUGUUCGAUUUAUGCCACGUCUUAAAUUAUGUUUAAUAAAACAAAAUAAUUCAACAUCGAACAAAAAUGAUGCUGCUGACGAUGAUCAAAUUGUUUCAAUUGAUAACGAAAAUGAAUCAAUGGAAAGUGAUGUUGAAUAA